AUGGACGAUCAUCCUCAUCAUCAGUCGAUGGCGACACCGGCAGCAGCAAGCAUGAGCAGCAGCAAGAGCAAGACGAAGCUGCAGGGUGGUGGUGAGCGUAGUAGUAGGGGCAGCGGCGGCGGCAACAGUCCGCCGGCGGCAAUGAGGAAGGGGCCGUGGACGGAGGAGGAAGACGCCCAGCUGGUAUGGUUCGUCCGCUUGUUUGGUGAACGCCGGUGGGAUUUCUUAGCAAAGGUCUCAGGUCUGAGGCGCACCGGCAAGAGCUGCCGCCUGCGGUGGGUCAACUACCUCCACCCGGGGCUCCGGUGCGGCCGCAUCACCGCCGACGAGGAGCGCCUGAUCCUGCAGCUCCACGCGCAGUGGGGCAGCCGGUGGUCGCGCAUCGCCAGAAGCCUCCCCGGCCGCACCGACAACGAGAUCAAGAACUUCUGGAGGACGCGCGCCAGGAAGCAGAAGGCGGCGGCGGCGGCGCAGCAGCAGCAGCAGAACAGCCGGAGCAGCAAGACGGCGUCGGCGUCGGCGUUCUCGGGGUCGUCGUCGUCCGUGACUGCCACCACGUCCAGCUGCUCUGGCUCUCCGAGUCCGAGCAGCGGCAGCUGUGGCACGGCCACGUCAUCGUCCGCCGUGACCGUGUCAGCGCUGCGUCAAAGCAGCGGCAGCGGCGACGACGACGCCGAGUUCGACGAGGCAUCUACCACCACCGCGGCAAGCCAGCAUCAACAUCAUCACCACCAGCAGCAGCAGCAGGAGUGCUACGCCUCGGACCACUUCUGGAACGACAUCGCGGCGGCGGAGGCGGCGAGCUACAUGUUGAUCGACGGCUGGGCAGGAGCCGGUCCCGGUCAUCCCGCCGAGCCGCCUUCGUCGCCGGCGUGGGAGUACUGCUCGGAUUACUCGCUCUGGAGGAUCGAUGACGACGAGUACUACAAGAAGAUGCUCGACUCCUCCUGA